CAUCCGCUCCUCCACUCCGCCUCGAGCUCGCUCAUUACUCCAGCUACAGCUGCGCACGUCGCAUCACAGCCCAUCAGUACUGCAGCAGCGCAUGCGAGCAAGUCGAGACAGCACAUAGCGUCUCGCAGCCCCCUCGUAGGGCCAGCCCAGCAUGACGAGCCUGGUGCCGCUACUGCUGCCGGCGCUGCCGCCGCCAUUGCAGGGCUCCUCGCGGGCGCCCUCCAACCUGGCCCGCUCUGUGCGCUGCGCCGAGGGUGCGUUUGGCGAUGUGCUGUACGUCGGCGCCUCGGAUGGCGGCCUGCACCGCUACCAGCUCGGCGACGAGGGCUACGUACUGGACCGCACGCGCAUGCUCACGUCGAGCGGCAAGGCCAUAGAUCGACUGUACCCGCUGGCGCUGGGAGACCAUGCCGGCGUGCUGCUCGUGCUCGCAGAGUCCACGCUGCAUUUCCUCGAUCCCCUCACUCUCGAGGCGCUGCCCGGGCUGCCGCGCAUUGGCGGCGUCGCUGCCGUCGUGCUGGACGAGCAGGAGUUGCGGCGGCGCGAACAGCAGGCGCUGGCAGGCGUGGCGCCUGACGCAGACAACCGCGUCAGCGUUGUUGUCGUGCGGCGCCGGGUGGUGCUGGUCGCCAAGAUGGGCAGGGCGUGGGAGACUCUCAAGGAGAUUCCCAUCGCUUCUGGAGCCCUGCUCGCUCGCCGCUGGGGCUCAGCUCUGCUCCUCGCGACGACUUCGACAUACUCGCUCCUCUCGCUCGCCACGUCCGAGCUCAUCGAGCUAGGCCUGCCGAUCUCGCAAGCGUCAUCCGCCCCGUCCGCCGCCGAGCGGCCCAGCAUCUUGCCCAUUCCCUCUGCCGAGGGCGACGACUGCGACUUCCUCAUCACGAGCCACACGACGAACGGCACGCUCGGCGUCUUUGUGGGCACGGACGGCGAGGUCAGGCCGAAGCUGCUCGAGUGGCCGAAGCAUCCGCGCGGGCUUGCGCUGGAGCAGGGCAAGAUUCACGCACUGCUGCGCAAUGAUGUGCUCGAGACACAUGAUGCUGCGAACCUGGCGCUCGUCUCAAGAGUGCCAGUGCCCGCAGAGCUCGAGCCGCGCCUGCUGUCGAGCGGCUUCGAUGCAUUCGCUCUGCCUGCCAGCGCAUCACCGCCAUUGCGAAAGGCGGCAGUCAGCUUGCGGAGCGGCAAGAUGCGAGAGAUCGCAUCUGAAGCGAAGAGUGCGACCAGGAGAGGCAAGAUUCUCUUGCUAGGUCGCGAGAAGGUGGUCUGCAUCUGCGAGCAGAGCUUGGAAGACAAGGCGCGGGCUCUUGCUGCUGCGCAGGACUGGGAGCAGCUCGAAGGGCUUGUGGACGCAGCAUGGGACGCCGCUGGCAGAGGAGAGCCACCAUUGCCUCUGCAAUUUGCGUCCCUGCUUCUCGCCUUCUACCUCGUCCGCAGUGUGCAGUUCCGCAAGGCUACUCGACAUCUGGAGUGCGGGCGCGUAGAUCCUGCGCUGCUCAUCAGCUGGCUGGACGGCACGACGGCUCCUAGCCCGCGCGUAGAGGAGGCUGUGAUCUUUGAGGAGCUGCUGCCCUCGCUGCCUCAGUGCACUGGCCGAGACAUCAUUCGUGGCAGCCUUGAGUUCAACUAUGUCCCGCCACUGGUCAUCGAGGAGAGCGCGUUGGCGCAGAAGCUGUCUGCCCAGCUUCUGGAGACGUCGGAGGUCAUGAUCCGCGAUGUGCUGAUCGCAUUUCGGGGCCUGCCGGCUGUCGCGAGAGACGAGCGCAUCACGGACACAACUCUGGCAAAGCUGCUCGCUCUCGGCGGCGACGGCACUGCGCUGAGAGCGUUGCUGGGCUCCGACAACGCGUGUGAUCUCCAAGAGACAGAGCCACUGCUCGAGAAAGCUGGCCUCUUCUCGGCUCUUGCCACCGUGCGCGAGGCUCGCGGAGAUCUGGAAGGCGUGCUUCAGCUCUGGACACGCCUGAUCGACGGCGAGAUCGAGGACCAAGCCUUCGAGGGCAGCAUGGCUGACGUCGUGCGGCUCUUGGAAUUCUCGGGCGACUCUCAGCUCAUCAAGAAACACAGCCUCUGGGUCGUGCAGCGUGAUGCCGAUGCCGGCAUUCGACUCCUCACGCGCGAGGCAGGCGGGCCUGCGCUGGCGAAUGGGGAUGGCGCCACUGAUGACUACAAGAAGACGCUGUCAGAGCUCAAGCGGCUGGAUCCGCAGGCGGCCGAGGCCUUCCUGGAGCACAUGGUGCUGGCUCGCGAGCCACCAAUUGCCGAGCUGCACACUGAGCUCGUCGAGCUCUUGAUCAGCCGCGUCGUCGGAAGCGACGCCGAAGCGAAGCAUGCUAUGGCCGAAGUCUCCGACGACUAUCGCAGCGGCGGCUAUGCAGAGUCCUUUGUCGCGCACUUGGCGCUCCGAGCAGCCUCGGCUUCGAGCAUCGUCGAGCGCCUCAAGCUCAUCAUGCUGCUGCAAGGCUCAAUCACGCUUGAUGCGGAGGCGCUGCUGGACCGUCUCGAGCGCGAGGAGCUGCUGCUGUACGAGCGUGCUGUCCUUCUCGGCAAGCUGCGUCGCGAUCAAGAGGCGCUCCAGCUCCUUGCCGUCGAAAUGCGCGAUGCCAACUCUGCAGAGGCGUACUGCCUGCAGGCCGGCGCCGUGCUGUCGCCGAUGCUGGCCGAGUCGCUCGCUGCAGAGCACGGCCUAGCACUCUACUCUUCUCUCAUCGCGCGAAGGGCCGCCAGCGAGCCGAGCGUGAAGACGCGAGAGAGCACUAAGCAGCAGCUAUUGCGAGACCUGCUGCAGGUGUACAUGCGCAGCGGCGAGAAGCAAGAGCUGCGCACGGCGACAGCACAUCUGCUCAACACCCAGGCGCGGCACCUUCCUACGCUCGACGUGCUCGCAGCAGUGCCCGAUACCUGGCCGGUCGGCGUGCUCGAGACGUUCCUCUCUCGCAAUCUGCGGCAGCAGCUGCACGUGCGGAGGCAAGGUCAGAUCAUGCGCGCCGCGUCGCUGGCGCAGAAUCUCGAGGUCCAGGAACAUGCCUGGGCCAGCCUGCGGGCGAUGGGCGGCGUGAUUCAGGACGAGCCGGACGACAACAUACCCCCUCCGCCGGCCGCACCGGCCGGCGACACCGACGAGAAGGCACUACCCGAUCAGCAGGGCGCUGCACAUGCUGGCCUGGCGGAGAAGGUCCUGGCGCUCGAGUAUGCGGCACCGGACGUGACCGACCUGACAGCGGACAAGGAAGCCAGUCGCACGCAGCAGGACUCGCCGGCGCAUCACGAGCUGGCAUGAUGGCAGGCAUAGAUGACAUGGUAUAAAUACAGACGAAG